ACCCCCCCGAUUAUGUAUUCAUCAUCCUACUCCAUCAUGGCCUCCCGAUCCGGGUUAAAUUCUUUUCAGCAAGGACGAGAGAAACGCUCGGACUGGAAACGCGAAAGAAACGGGAUAGAAGAAUGAUCUUCUUGUUUCUCCUCUCCUGUCCCCCUCUCACUCUUCAUUCCUCUCUAAACCGGUCAUGUCAGUGAUAUCACUCGUCCUCCUUUGCCUCUUGCACCUCCAAUUCGCCUCCGCUUUCUUCUCCUGGCACAGUUUCCUGUACGAAUUCGGCUUAUUGGGCGCCCACCCGACCACCCCCUUCCAUUCGUUUAGCAUUGCGCCGCCAGAGGUGAAUCUCCUGCGAUGGGAUCCCCGUUGCGAAGACGGUUAUGUUCUGCUCAGUCCGCGCGGCCAUUUCUAUCCCGAGCCGGGGCCGUUAAUCUACGAUAAUCGCGGAAACCUCGUCUGGGUCGAAAAGGACUAUGGCAUGAUUAUGGACUUGAAUGUCCAGCGGUAUCGAGACCAGGAUUACCUAACGUUUUGGGUGGGGAAGGAUGAUGGAACGAGAGGCUUGGGGUCAUACUACAUGUUAAAUUCAUCGUACGACGUGGCCCAUGUCGUUUUCCCUGCCAAUGGUUUGCACGGUGAUGUUCACGAUUUCAAAAUUACCGAUGAAGGGACGGCAUUGAUGACUAUUUACGAUCUCGUGGAGACAGAUCUCACCCCCGCUGGGAAAUCGGGAAAUGGUUGGAUCUAUGAGGGUAUCUUUCAGGAAAUCGAUAUCGAAACGGGCGACUUGAUUUUCCAAUGGAGCGCCGGCGAUUACUACAAUCUGGACGAUUCGUACUUCGACAUUGGAGAAAAGGGGUAUGCGCCACACCAAGCCGGGGCCUACGAUUACUAUCAUAUCAAUAGUGUUGAGAAACGAGCCGAUGGAUCGUAUCUCGCGUCGUCCCGCUACAUGCAUUCAGUGACCUGCAUUAGCGCAACAGGGGAGGUACUCUGGGUCCUUGGCGGCAAACGCAACAUGUUCAAAGAUCUGUCCGAUGACGGCUCGGCCACUGGAUUCACCUGGCAACACGACGCACGCUGGCACUCGGAUCGAAUCAUCACGCUAUUGGACAACGGCGCAAACGAACACGAAAAGACCGCCGACCAUACCCGCGGCUUAAUGAUCGAGCUGGAUUUCGACAACUGGACCGCCCGCACCCUGCACGUCUACCACAGCCCGGGACGCUUUAGCAGUCAUUCCCAGGGUAACAUGCAAGUCCUACCACGAACAGGCAACGUCUUCAUCGGCUGGGGCAAACCAUCCGCAUAUACGGAGUUCAGCACCGACGGGACCGAAGUCCUCUGCGACGCGCACUACGGCCCAUCAAUGUUCUUCUGGUUCGGAUGGAUUAAGUCCUACCGUGCCCAGAAAGCCAACUGGGUUGGCAAGCCUAGCUGGCCACCGUCUGUUGCGGUAAAUGCUGAGAAGUCCUCGCGUGCAGUAUACGUUAGCUGGAACGGCGCUACGGAGAUUGCUGGCUGGCUCUUGCAGCAAACUACAAAUCGUGCGUUAGGGGAUUUCGAAACACUUGGCUACGAGCCGAAGAAGGGAUUUGAGACGCGUCUUGAGUUGGCACCGGAUGCGACUGUUGAUGGAUAUUUCUACCGGGUUGCUGCGGUGGAUUACAAGGGGGAGGAAUUGGGGUAUACCAGGGUUUUUGCCAUCUCCGAUAUCACAACUCCAUUCCCCGCCAACGCCGAACCAGACGGCGACGGCUUCCAGCAACUACUCAUUGCAGCAUGCAUGGCAGGAGCUCUCCUAGCAGCCGCAUGGAAGUACAAAAGACAAGUGAUGGGGAUGUACGCGUAUUGUCGGCGGUUCGUAUGGGGUGUCAUGGAUCGAUAUCGGUACCGAUCAUAUCGAUCGUAUCGGAAGUAACCUAGUCCUUGGUUCUGGUUUUUGGUUUCGUCAUGGCGUUAUGAUACCCGUUUUC